AGGGUUGGGAUUUUUAUUCCAAUUAUAUAUUGUGUUUUGCUACUCUAAGGUUUGCUUCUUCUGGCCCCGCUGGCAGUUUGGGAUGGAAAGGCAGUGAUAAGAGAUACUGUGGAAAAAGCGCCUCCUUUUUUUCUAACAAGCAGCUCAGGGGCCAUGCCAGGGGGCCCUGGCACCAUAGUGGAGGGCUUUUUGGGAUCGUGGGUGUUAAGUGCUGAACAGCACUUAGGAAGGAUGCUCCUCCCAUCAGCUGCUAGGAGCAGAUGGGGACAGUGCCCAGUGGGAAACAUUAGCAGGGGAGAGGCAUCAAAAUCCUAGAACAGCUUGAGUUGGGAGAGACGGUGAAGACCAUCUCAUGAUGGUCUGCCUUGAGCAGGACACCUUCCAUAGAACAGGUUGCUCCAUGCCCUGACCAAUAUGGCCUUGGACACUUCCAGGGAUUCAGGGGCAGGCACAACUCCUCUGGGCAAAAUGUGUGACUGGGAUCAGUUCGGCCAAGAUUUCAGCUGUAAGCCAAGUCCCUUGAUCCAUGGCUGGGCCACCCUCAGGACCUGCAGGGAAUGGCCCCAGGAGGGUGUCACCCAGCCUGGUGGGGUUUGCCUCUCACCUGCCCACAUGCUUUUCCCCCCAGGAGUAUUGCAGCGGCUGAGGAAGAUCUACCACUCCUCCAUCAAGCCCCUGGAACACUCCUAUAGAUACAACGAGCUGAGGCAGCACGAGAUCACAGCUUACCCCGGACGCACCCUGGGCUCCUCGGCCACAGAUGGGGAGAUCACUUCCAAGCCUAUGGUGCUAUUCCUGGGACCGUGGAGCGUCGGCAAAUCCUCUAUGAUAAACUACCUCCUGGGGCUGGACAACACUCCCUACCAGCUCUACACAGGGGCAGAACCCACCACCUCUGAGUUCACUGUCAUCAUGCACGGCCCCAAGCUGAAGACCAUCGAGGGCAUCGUGAUGGCUGCUGACAGCGCCCGCUCCUUCUCACCCCUGGAGAAGUUUGGGCAGAACUUCUUGGAGAAGCUGAUAGGCAUUGAGGUCCCCCACAAACUGCUGGAGCGAGUCACCUUCGUGGACACACCAGGCAUCAUUGAAAACCGCAAGCAGCAAGAAAGAGGUUACCCAUUCAAUGACGUGUGCCAGUGGUUCAUUGACAGAGCCGAUCUCAUCUUUGUUGUAUUUGACCCCACGAAGCUGGACGUGGGCUUGGAGCUGGAGAUGCUGUUUCGUCAGCUGAAGGGCCGCGAGUCUCAGAUCCGAAUCAUCCUGAACAAAGCUGACAGCCUGGCUACCCAGGAGCUGAUGAGAGUCUAUGGCGCCUUGUUCUGGAGCCUGGCUCCUCUCAUCAAUGUCACAGAGCCUCCCAGGGUGUACGUUAGCUCCUUCUGGCCCCAUGACUACCAUCCGGAAACCCACAGAGACCUGUUCCUCAAAGAAGAGAUAUCGCUCCUGGAAGAUCUCAACCAGGUGAUUGAGAACAGGAUGGAAAACAAGAUUGCCUUCAUCCGCCAGCACGCCAUCCGGGUGCGCAUCCACGCCCUGCUAGUCGAUCGCUAUCUACAGACCUACAAGGACAAAAUGACCUUCUUUAGUGAUGGAGAACUGGUGUUCAGGGACAUUGUGGAAGAUCCUGACAGGUUCUUUAUCUUUAAAUCCAUUCUGGCAAAGACCAAUGUCAGCAAAUUUGACCUCCCCAACCGCGAGGCUUACAAGGACUUCUUUGGCAUCAAUCCCAUCACCAGUUUUAAGCUGCUAUCUCAGCAGUGUUCCUACAUGGGAGGGUGUUUCCUAGAGAAGAUCGAGAAGGCCAUCACCCGUGAGCUUCCCGAUCUCUUGGGAAGCAUCGGCCUGGGGAAGAAGCCCAAUGUCCUCUCCUGCGACGUCACUGGCUGUGGCGAAACCCCAAAGAAUCGCUACAGGAAACCCUAAGGUGAUCUGCAACCCAACUGUCCACGUGUUCCUACUGGUGAAUGAGCUUAUGUCUUAUCUGUCCAAGAAGCCGUGGUUUGUUAACCCUUUGAGUGGCAUGCUGGCAAAGGCUACCGUACGAUGAGGACUUUGAGUCAUUGACAUCGAUGGCAGGGGAAGAUGGGUGGGCAUAAGGAAGAGAAUAAAAACUGUGAAUUCCUAACAUUUUAUCUUUGUUCUUUUGAGUAGAAGGCAAUGUUUAAGCUGUAAGUAUGAGCAAUGCAUGGGUAGGACUGCAGCUGCUUUUCCACUGGUGCCAAGAGUGCAUGAAGAGGAAUUUCAACCUCUGCAUCUCCGAAGCCAUGAGGGAGUGAGAACAAGGGCACGGCGUGAGAGCACAGGGGAGAGCAGUGACACACUAACCCAGGCAUCACCGGGAGCACUGGUCAAGGAAAGAUAUGCCAUGUCCCAGCUGUUGUUUUCAGGCACAAACCUACAAAUCUCAACAAAUACUGAUCUUGUUUUUAUUUCUGAGACCUCUAGGUCACCUGGUGAGUUCUGUUUUCACCUGACAGCUCAGCUGAUCUUCUGCAGCUUUCAUGCGGGUGUUUGACUUAAGAAGGAGCAUUUGCAGGGGUGUUUGUAUCUCCAGACAGGCAGCCAUGAUGGGAUUUGCAAGUCCAUGGCAAAGGAAGAAAUGGGGUGGAAAGGAGCAGCCAGCACUGGCUGAGUUGUGCUGGAGGAGGAGGGCCAGCGCCCCAAAUCAGAUGGUCCCACAAGGAGAUGUGAGCAGGGUUUCCUUCCCUGAACCAGCACAGAAGAAGGCAUUUCAUGCCUAUGUGUGUCAUUAACCUCAAAACCCAUGCUAGCAAAUCUUGUCUGUGGACCAGCAGGGCUCCAAGGGUGAGGGUUUGGCAGUUUGCCUUUGUUCAAGUCCAUGUUGCUCUUUUCUCAGUCAGCCCUCUGUGUUUUUGUGCUCUGCGGAGGGAGGCAGGAAGGGAGGUCAUUAGCUGUGAAGUUAAAAAGGCCACAUCCCUUUUGCCUACCUGCUGAUCUGUCCUCCCCAGGACAGUCCAGGCAGGUUUCUGGGGCUUGCUUUCCAAACUCCUCCCUUUUUAGCCAUUUGUUGGCUCAUCUCUGAGCAUCGGUGCUCAGUCCUGAAGGAGUAUUGCUUUGGAAGCACCUGAGCAGGGUGAAGUUCCCCAUGGACAGCUGACCUUGAAACUUGGCCCUCAUGGACAGCAUUGCUGUCUGCCAAGCUGAGCCCAAAACAACCAGGCUAUAGAUGUCCUGGAUGGCAAACCGACACCUUCAAGCCCACCAAGAACCUGCUGAAAGUCCUUCCUCCUGCCAAACACCCACUGCAAGCACUGCUCUCCAGGAAACCUCUGGAGAAAAGGGACUUACUUUAACAGAAGCAAGAGGAUGUGGAGGUGCUGGCUAAAGCAAGAAAAAGGCAAAAGGAAUGAAAGAGGGAAAGAGAAAGCUGGAAAUGGAAGGCUGUGUUGUGAUGGGGAGGGUGUGAAGGGCAUCCCUACAUGUGCAACAGGACAUGAGCUAUGGCAGGAGGCCUGGGAGAGCUCCAUGUCCCCCAGGCGCUCCAUUGAAGAGGUCCCCUUGAGUCCAGGUGAGUUUGAGGGGAUGCUGCUGCAGGGACUUGAAUGUUCCUCUGCCUCUGCCUCAAGGUAGGACUUGACAUUUGAACUAAUGAAGCUGAGACUGAAAUCUACGUCCAAGCACAGGGCAGGGCGUGGGUCAGGAAGAGGGAUUUUGCCUGCAGUGCAGAGAGAGCAGAGGGUGCAAGGGAAGGCAAGCAGUGUCAGAGAGAGCAGCAGCCAGAGCAGUCUGGAGAGAAGGGAUGUGCUUGUGAGUACUGUGAGGUCUCAAACCUGCCCCAGUGCUGCUGCCCCUCCACUGUCAUUCCUUCUUUCUUGUCCAUGAUCCCACUGCUCAUCAGUUUUCCUCUCCAUCUGUCGUUCACUCUCCUCUGUUGGACUGGUCUGCAUGGUUUUUUAAGAGCUAAUGGAAUAGAAUCACCAACAGAAACUGGCUGAUGUUGUAACUGUUCCUGCUGUCACACUGUGUGUCACUGUCACAGAAGGCAAAGGCCUUUAAACAUUUCUGUUUGCAAGCACUGUAUUGCACCAUCUCUUUCCUUGUUCUUCUGUCGCACUAAAGCCCAUGGGGUACCCAGGGAAAGGCCCCCUGUCCCACAAGGAGUAUUGACCUUGAAGGCACUGUUACUCUGCUCUCAGGCCACUCCCAUCGUUCUCCCCACCCUUUCUCUGGUUUCCUUUUAUCUUGCUUUAUUUUCCAGACCUCAUCCUCUCCUCUCCUCCCUUCCUCCUCCCUGCAGCACCUGCACGCCCUGUGCAAAGCUGUGGUGCCUGUGUGCUGGAUGGGGCACCCCCAUGACAGCCAAAACCCUUUUCCCCCCCAGUAUGGUUCUUUUGGGUUCUCCUUCCAAAGCCAUGGCAUUGGUGGUCUGUUCCCUGUGACACACACUGACCCAGCUCCGUGCUGCCUCAGGGAGAUGCUGCCACUGAGAUGCCUCCUCUCCCACGGAUCCAGGCGGCUGUCAGUCCCAAGAGGAUUGCAGUUCCCCGCCCAGUUCUCACUGAGCUUUCUUAGGAGACCUCUGGGAAUCUGGGAGUGGAAAAAUGGGGAGCAGGGAGACAUUUUCAUUCUGCUCAGAAACCCAAACCCCCGCAGAAUGUGGGGGGGGUUGAACAUCUUGCCUAAGAGCUUCAUGGGAGGGAGGGAGCCGGGACACAGGCCCUGUAGAUGCCCGUGAUCAAGUGCAUUGGGAUAAAACUGUCAGCUUGAACA